UCGCACUUAAUAUUUCGAUAAGAUAAUUUGAUCAAGACGUUUGUUUAAAGUGGCUCAAUAACUCAAGAAAAAUCUAAACGGUAAUCGUAAGCACUCUGGUUGAAUUAUUUCCGAAACUUCAUGUUUAUGCUUGCUAUAUCUUAAUUUGAGUACAAUUAUAAAUAACAAAGCACAUUGGGGAAGUACAAAAUUGGAAAAAAAGGAACUAGAAUGGCUACUAAUUGAAUCAUUUGUUGCAAUGGAGUAAUUAAUCUUUCCAUAUAUUUCAAUAGAAGAAAAGUUCUUGCUUUAAGUAAUUUAAUUUAUAAUAUUUCCAAAUUUGUUUCGUGGACAAAGUGGAAGGUAAAUCCUUGGUAGUUAUAAUCCAUUAAAUUUAUCCAGAUUCUGUUGUAUUUAUUAUCAUACAUUAUUGUAUCAAAUACCCUAAACCUCAUCUAUAUUCAAAUUUCAAAACCAGUUAUUUUCAACUAUAGUUGUUGUAUUCUAUGCUUCACUUUUUUAUGUCCAAAGUAUAAACUUGAUUAGAUUGCAUGAUCUACUAUUCCAAAUGCAUUACACUCUGAAUAGUUAGGGACUUUACAUCUGAUUUCUCACUUAAUUUUCUGUAUUACGACACACUAAAAUAAAUUUGUUGCUUUUACAAUAAGAAAAUCUCGACGUUCAUACCAGUGUCUCGAUGUUUUCCAUUGGUCGCUGGCUCGUUGCCCUAUAUCAUAUUGUAAAAGUUAGUGACGGUUGUCAAUUUAUCAACCAAUCAAAAGUUGUUACUUGCGGUAAUUUUUUUACCAUAUUAAAAUUUCAAGAGUGGACAUUAGUAGUUUCGAGAAGUCAAAUUAUCGUCACACUAUUCUUCAGUCUUCACCAUCGAUGACAUACGAAUAAAUAAUUAUGACAUUUCUCAUGAAAAAGCAUCUUCGAGAAGUCUAAUUGAUGAGUAUUACACUUAAAUUACAUCUAUCUUAAAAAAUAAACGAUGAAAAUUCUUUCGAUCAACAAAUUUACAAAACGAACUAAAUCAUUCCUCUUAGUCCUUACACAAAGCAAGUCAAGGGGAAGUUAAACUAAUGAAAAAGACAGCAAAAAAAUCUGUUUUCUUAAUUAACCAAAUCGCUUAUUAAUUUAGUUAAACACCGAAUUAAUGAAAUUCCCGGAAGAGAGAAAAAGGAAGAAAAAUACUGUUUAAUUGUUUUAAUUACCUUGCCUAAUUAUUAAUUAUAAAAUGGCGAAAAAGAUGACCUCCAUUAUCGAGUUAAACAAAUCGAGAGAAAGAAGAAAGAGAGAGGGAAGGGCGAGUGUGAAGCGCUGCUCUGUUUUUUUGUGUUCCAUCUGCGAAGAAGAAAAUCGGAAACAGAAAAGAAAGCUAAAGACAAAUACAGAGUGGAGAGAGAGAGAGAGAGAGAGAGAGAGGGAUUUGAGCUUUAUGCUGUUUUGUUGGGAGUUGAAAAACUGAGUGGCGUAUUCUUCUUCCUUUUCAAUUUUUUUGGUCUGCUUUUGGCUUAGCAAUCGCCAUUAUUGAGCUUCAAUCUCCACUAUUUCCAUCUGGGUUCUGGGUUCGGCUUUCAUUUUCGCCGGAAUUUGGGAUUUCAAGCCGGAAAGUUUGCUCCUUUCUUUCUGGGGGAUUUGUGCUCUCUGUUUUUCCCCCUUUCUGUUUGGGAGUUUGCUCUGUUUUUUUUCUCCUUUUCCCAUUCGUAAUGAAGGUGGAGGACGUUAGCCCCGGCGGCGGCGGCAACUCAGCUUCUCUCGGCCGUGAGUUUUUCCCGAACGGGUUGCGGGUUCUGGCCGUCGACGAUGACCCGGUUUGUCUCAGGCUUAUCGGGCAGCUACUUCGCAAGUGUCAGUACCAAGUCACGGUGACGAAUCAUGCGCUGGAAGCUCUGAAAAUGCUGAGGGAGAGGAGAGACGAGUUUGACUUGGUAAUCAGCGACGUGAACAUGCCAGACAUGGACGGGUUUAAGCUUCUGGAGCAUGUCGAAUUCGAAAUGGACAUUCCAGUAAUCAUGCUGUCUGGUCACAGUGACAAGGAGCUGGUCUAUAAGGGCGUGACUCACGGGGCUGUGGACUAUCUGCUGAAACCGGUUCGAAUGGAAGAGCUGAAGAACAUAUGGCAGCAUGUGGUGAGGAAGAGGAGAAUGGGAGGGAAGAAGAGCGAUUCGUCGAGUUUGACUAACAAGGUUGAGAGGGAUGGCAAUGGAGUUGUUGGUGGUGUCGGAUCGAGUGAGUGCUCUGACGCGAAUGGGAAAUCUACGAGGAAGAGGAAAGAUCAGGAUGACGAGGAAGGGGAGGAAGACGAUGGGGAUAGUGAUGGAAGAGGGGAGAAUGAAGAAGGAGGCAACCAGAAGAAGCCUAGAGUUGUGUGGUCUGUUGAUCUGCAUAAGAAGUUUGUUCAUGCUGUUAAUCAGCUGGGAUAUGACAAGGCUGUUCCUAAGAAAAUUCUUGAUAUGAUGAAUGUUGAUGGGCUCACAAGGGAGAAUGUAGCUAGUCAUCUACAGAAAUACAGGCUCUACCUGAAAAGAAUGAGCUGUGACAAAGCCAUGGGCAUCCCAUUUGGAUCCAAAGAUGCCUCCUCCUACCUUGGCAUAGCCUCAUCAAUGGAUGGAUUCGAUGAAUUUCGAUGCUUGACAACACCGGGAAGGCUCUCAACAUACCAACCAGGCAGCUUGCUUGGCAGACUGAAUCCUUCAUCUGGUCUAACUUUGAGAGGAAUCGCCUCAUCUGGCUUGCUCCAGCCAACCAAUUCCCAAACUUUGCUCAAUUCUUCUGUCACUAAUGUUGGACAACAAGUUCAGCAGUCAUCCUUUUUCUCAACUGCCCAAACUUCAGGCUUGUUUUCACCUUCUCAUAGUAAGCCAACUUUUGGACAUGUUUCUAGCAUUGGAGGAGCUGCCAGUACUUCUGGAAACACUAUGCUGCUACAGCAUAAUCUUCACAGUAGGGGAACGUUUGGAGCUCAGUCUGCUGGUCUUGGUAUACCCUCGUCGAAUCGGGAUUCUUUCGGUGUUGGCAUCCGACAUGGACCGUUGUCUCCCAACUUGUUGGACAACAGCAGCAGAUGCAAUGGAAGCUGGGAGAAUGCAAUCCAGCUACCAAAGUUUCCUUCCAAUCCACUGAGUGAACAGUUCAGUCAUGAGCCCUCAUUGUCUGCAAGGGAGUUUAGGCCUUCUUCCAGCUCUCAGAUGGGGAAUAUCGAUUUCAGUUCUGCUAGCCUUGGACCUCCACUAGCUGGUGCUGAAAUGACAGGUCAAGUUGGCCUCAUUGGCAAUGUGAUUGAGGGCUUUAGCAGUCCCGUCUUGACCAACUCAUUUGGUGGGAUGAACUCGAUUGGUUCAUUAGACCAGGUGCCAUUUGAUCAUGGCAUGGAUCAAGGGAAAAGCUUUGAUGGUUCUUCUUCUGCCGCGGGGCAAUUGAGUGGUGGUGUGUCACCAACUGGGUUUGAAGUUGACAAAUCACAGAAUGGAUUCAUCACUGAUAGUAGCAGCUUCGAUCCUUUGGAUGAUAUGGUGGCUGCGAUGAUGAAAAGGGAGCAGAAUGAAGGUCUGAUCAUCGACGGAGACUUUGGACUAGACUCAUUCCAAAUUGGAUCAUGCAUUUGAGGGUGGAGAAGAAAAGGGGCUUUAGAAGUUUCAUAGGGGACUUAAUUGUAUCAUCAUGGCUCUUUUUUAGUUUCUAGACUUCUUUUUGGGUUCUGUCCCUUUUGGUCUCUGCAACUUUUGUUCUUGUUUAGUAGUAAUGUCCCAAUUCUCUCAAGUGACUGCAGAUCAAAGUUCUUUUCUUUUAGUUGGUAACUUGUGUUUUAAGUUAGGACCUUUUUAGGGUUAAUCUAAAAUGUUCUAGUUCUCCAUGAAAAAUAAUGGAAAUGGCAUAAUGUCUUCAAGAAUCUACUUUCUGGGUUCCUACAUUUUGGUCCAUUUCUGGAAUUCUAAUGUUUAGAUUUGGAAAUGUGACUAUGGAUUGAUAGAAAAGUUGUUUUUAAUGAAUUAGGAUAUAUAUGAUUUUUGAAUUCUCAACUUUAAUUUUUGAAUUCGCCAUGGGAAUCUUUCAAGAAUCUUUUAUGAGAUAGAGUUAAUUAAACAAGAAUCUUUAAUGAGAUUACAUUCCCUGGUAGAGGAGCUAUCAUUAGCAAAUUGGAUUAAAGUGAAUCUUUUUUA